AUGGACGAGCCCCAGAAGAAGCUGAGCCAUUGGCACGAGGGCCGGCCCCGCAAGGUGAGGUUCAAAAUCUCCUCAGCCUACAGUGGCAGGGUGUUGAAGCAGGUCUAUGAGGAUGGGCAGGAGCUCGAGCCCCCGGCCAAGGAGCACUCGAGACGAUUCCUGCGGCACAGCUUCGAGCCAGGAGACCCCCUGUGCGAGCCUGGGGAGGAGCCACACAACAGCUUCUACUUGCCCACAGCCCUGAGCGCCCAGAGGAUCAGCAUCCUCCGAGAGGAUCAGAGCCACGGGCUCACGGGGACCCUGCCCCUGCCCCUGGCCAGCGACUGCCAGCCUGGAGCCAGCCUCUGCAGGAGUUCCCCAGUUGUAGAUUUUGGCAAGAUCAUCAUCUACACCAAUAACCUGAAAAUCAUCCGUGCCCCGAUGGACCAGAAAGAGCUCAUGAGAAGAAUCAUCCAUUCUGAGGGAAUAAAUGACUGGACAUUCGUGUACCGGGACAAGAAAGAAUGGUUUAGUGGUGGACAUAAAAAAGAUGUGGAGAAUAAGGUCACUUGUAACCAGCAUGUACAGGAGGGCGAUGCUGCACACGGCUGUUCCCAGUGCAGAGGCUCAGGCUGUGCUCCCUGCUCGCUGUGCCACGGAAGCAAGUUCUCCAUGCUGGCAAACAGAUUCCGGGAAUCCUACCGGGCACUGCGCUGCCCGGCGUGCGACGAGAGCGGGCGGCAGCCGUGCCGGGUGUGUGCAGCCUGA